CUCCUCCUCCGAUCGCAUCGCAUCUCCCCCCAUUUCUAAAUUCCCUAUUGCUUUCUCCUCUUCCCUAUGUAGCGGCGCUGAUCGCGAGCUCCAUGGGAUUUAAACCCAUAAAUUUUAUUCGUCGUCGACUCGUCGUCUCUCUCUCUCCGGUUUUCUUUUUUUUGUUUUUGCAAAUUGCGCUCGGGUUCCGAGGAGCGGAUUGGGCUUGGGGUUUCUUUCUUCUCGUUGUUGUUGUUGGUGGUGGCUCGGGUUCUCGUGUUGUGUGUGUAUCUGCUAAUGAUGAUGACGAUUGUUGCGUGGAUCCUAAUCGCGGGUGCUUUCUCUCCUCGUCUUCGUUGUUGUUGUGAUGCAGCAUUGUCGCGGCGCGCGCGCGGCGGCAGCGGCAGCGGCAGCCGGACGUCGACGACCUCGCUCGCCGCCGACAAGGGAGGGGAGUAUACUGCGGGCGGCGGCAGGCGCCGGCCAGAUCCGCGCCACGGCCAGCCGGAUCUGAUCCCCUCCUCAUCCUCCCCGCUCGCCGCCGCCGCCGCCAUCUAGUCCUCGGAACACAGCAGGAGAUAAUAGAAGGUUGUUAGGGUUCGUUGGAGGACGUUCGAUCUCUUUAAAUUCGGGUGCUCUGCCUCGCCAUCGAUUCGGUUGGGACUUGGGAGAGAUCGAUCGGAGAUGUCGUCGUCGAGCUCGCCGUGCGCGGCGUGCAAGCUGCUGCGGCGGAAGUGCACGCAGGGGUGCGUGUUCGCGCCCUACUUCCCGCCGGACCAGCCGGCCAAGUUCGCCAACGUGCACAAGGUGUUCGGCGCGAGCAACGUGACGAAGCUGCUCAACGACCUGCAGCCGGAGCAGCGGGAGGACGCCGUGAACUCGCUGGCGUACGAGGCCGAGGCGCGCCUCCGCGACCCCGUCUACGGCUGCGUCGCCUACAUCUCCAUCCUCCAGCUCAGGAUCAAGCAGGUGCGCGACCAGAUCGUCGACGCGCGCAAGGAGCUCGCCGCCUACAUCGGCCCCACCGCCUUCGCCCCCGUCGUCGCCGCCGCCGCGCCGCACACGCACUACCUCCCCCCCGCCGACUACCACCACCAGCAGCUCCAAGCCCAAGGUGGUGGUGGUGGUGCUGGGAUGGGCGCCGCCGGCUACGCGCACCAGGUGGUGCAGCACCAGAUGGCCGGCCUCCAGGUGCAGAACCCGCACCCGCACCCGCACCCGCACCACCACCAUCACCAUCAGCAGAUGGUGAACGCGCAGCACAUGGCCCUCGUCGAGGUCGCGCGGGACCAGGACAUGCUGCGAGCGCGCCAGGCCGGCCACGCCAACGCCGGCGCCACCGUCGCGGUCGAGGCGCCAGGGUCGUCGUCGCUCAACGCCGACACCUUCGACGGCGGCCCGUUCCUCCUUCGCCAGCAGCCGCCCUCGUCGGUGCAGACCGAGCCGGCAAUGGCCCUCCCGUACCACAUGGAGCCGUCCCCGCCGCAGCCGUCAUCCGGCCACUCGCACGACGAGGUCUCGCAGCAGCAGCACCACCACCACCACCACCGGCACCACCACACGGACGGCAGCGACGAGGGGAGCGGCGGCGCCGCCCCGCCGGGCUGACCGCCGCGCGCCCGGCCCCGUCUCCGUCUCCGUCGCCGUGCGUGCGUGUGUGUGUUCCAUGAUUCCAUCAACCUUCCUCUCGAUCCAUCUAGUUCGUUUCGGUUUCUUUGCAGCUGUUAAUUCCUUCAUCGAUCGGUCACAAGUCUUUUCGUCUUCCCUCAUCUCAUAUGAUAUCGAGCAAACUGACACCCAUGCCUCCCUGAAAGCAUCCAUGACUUCUCAAGGCGAGCGAGGUGGUGAUCUUUCUCAAGGCUCCUUCAUGAGUUGCUUUUCCCUCCAGAGUGAGAGCCGAAUAAAUGCAGCCAGAAACAGAGACAGACCCUCAUCAUGGAGCUUUGUAGCCACAAGUAAUUAGUGAUAGGAAAAAAAAAACCCACAACAUUGUAUAGAGUCUGGCAGCAGACAGACAGAGGAGUGAGAAUGUGAGACAGUGGAGGUCUCUGUUCAUCAGAAUGGGGGGCAAAUGGUAGUAGAGUGAUAUAACCCGGCAGUCACCAGCUGGGACACAGGGAGCAGCAAGCGUUAAAACAAAAAAAAAACAAAGAAAAAUACUUCGAUUCUUCUGCAGUAUCGAUCCUUUUUAACUACUGUACUAGCUAGUCUUUUGGUCACUUCUGCAUUGAUUCCUGAACAUAUAUAUAUAGUCUCAUUCGAUCUGAUUCUUUUCCUUUUA